AUGGCAAAUUUGGGACAUCGUGCGUGUGCUGUUGCCUUCGAGAUCUGUUCGGAGUAUCUGUCUCCGAGCACCAUACUGACGCUUUCGAUACAGUGGCAAACUACAUGGGAUCAGAAAAUGCUCUUGGCGUACUCCCAACCCAACCCGGCCCCCAUCAACUUCGUGACGCCGGGCCCCAUUGGGAGUGCCGACAUCGUCAUCGACGACACUGCCGUAUACCAGACGAUUUAUGGUUUUGGCGCAGCCCUGACUGAUUCGUCUGCACAACUUCUUUACAACCUCAAGACUCAGAAUUCGGGAAGCUAUUGGUCCUUGAUGGACUACCUUUUCAACGCAACGGACGGCGCUAACUCUGCUGGUUUUUCAUUUAUCCGCGUUCCACUCGGUGCAACAGACUUUUCUGCAAGGAAUUAUAGCUAUGACGAUGUGAGCGGUGAUACACCGUUAUAUGAUUUCAACAUUGGGGCAGCCCCCAGUUACGUCUUCACCGUUCUUCGUGACAUCUUGUCUAUCAAUAAUAUGUUAAGGGUUUAUGUUUUACCCUGGUCUCCGCCAGGGUGGAUGAAAGAGAGUGGUACGAUGGAUGGCGGUUCUCUCAACACCGCAUACAUAUCCGUUAUGGCAAACUACCUCCUUAAAAGUCUCCAAGGCUUCCAAAGCGAGGGUAUACCCGUUUACGCUAUUGGCAUACAGAACGAGCCUGAAAACAGUAAUCCAACGUAUCCGACAUGUAGUAUGCCUGUGUCGACUGAAGCAGAUAUUGGCAUUGCGUUACGGACGUAUAUGAAUGGAAAUGGGUUCGGGGACACUAAAAUUAUUGGAUACGAGCAUAACUGGGCGGAUGCAGCGAAUUAUCCGGUUCAACUCAUGCAACAGGCUGCCAGUUCGUUUGAUGGAGUGUCCUUCCACUGCUAUGCGGGCAGCGUCAGUGACCAAGCAGAGUUUACAUCCCAGUACCCAAAUAAGGAAGUGUAUUUUACGGAGUGUUCUGGAACAAUUGGCACUGACUGGUGGACUGAUAUCAAGUGGUACAUGGAUAACCUCUUCAUCGGAAGUCUUGCUUACGGUUCGUCGACUGGUUUGAUGUGGAACCUUGCACUCGAUGGAAACGGGAAUCCGAAGUUGUCGGGUACGAGUAGCUGCAAUCCUCCAUGCCGCGGCGUGGUGCAAGUAAACAGUAAUGGAACUUGGGGCGUCAACCAGGAAUUUUACGCCAUGAGUCAAGCUUCCAAGGCCAUCUUACCGCGGGAUGUGGGUGGACCGUGGGGACAGCGGAUUGGAGUCAGUGUAGGGGGCGAACUUAAUUGGGCAUUGGUGGUUGGAGCGUAUGUGACGAAAAGAGUUUUGCCAACGGACUGGAAUAGGUAUAGUAUUGUGGUAUUGAACUGGGACGACAGUGCGUCUACUGCGUGGAACCCCCAACCGGUGACUGCUACCAUCGAGUUUAGAGGUCUGCAGGCAACUUAUACUUUUCCUGUUGGAGUGACUACAUUAUGGUGGUACGCUUCUGACUAG